AUUUAGUUUUUUGAGGGCAACUGGAAUAAGUAAAAGGAUAUGAGAGAUCCAGACAGCAAUACAUGGUUAGAUCCAGAAGGAGGCGGUAAUGCAACUAAAAAGGAUGCCAACUGCCGUAAAACACCAAAGAAGAAGAAGAAGACGAUACCGGAAACUAGUUGGAGAUCGUGAGAGGGGCGGAACUGGAAUAGUAAGGCAGCUGAGAGAAGUAGCCACGGAGAGAAGUUACCAACGAAUUUGAGUAAUCGGCAUAAAGAACGGAAUACAAAGAACAAAAAAUUUUCUCGCCUAAUACUGGAAAUUUAAGGUCCUCUCGCCUCUGUGCUCCGGCCCACUUCUCUCCCCCUGUCCUGUCCCCAUUUUCACUUUGUUUGAGUGAGUGAGGCACAGUGUAACUGGUUGUGUGUGUGCGUGUGUACGUCUGUGUGUCUGUGUAUGUAUGAGAGUGUGUGUGAGUGCAUCUGUUUGAAAGCUCGUGUGUUUGUGUGUGUGUGAGUGUGCACACAUCUGUCUGUCCUGGUGAGAGCUACGGUGUCUGGAAGUUGAAUUGUGUACCGUGAUCAUGGGAGAUAUCAGCGACCUGGACCGACAGAUUGACCAGCUGCGAAGGUGUGAGCUCAUCAAAGAAAAUGAGGUCAAAGCUCUGUGUGCCAAAGCCAGGGAGAUUCUGGUGGAGGAGAGCAAUGUCCAGCGCGUUGAUUCUCCAGUCACGGUCUGUGGAGAUAUCCACGGGCAGUUUUACGACCUGAAGGAAUUAUUCAGAGUAGGGGGCGAUGUUCCUGAGACAAACUACCUUUUCAUGGGUGACUUUGUGGACCGAGGGUUCUACAGCGUGGAGACUUUCCUGCUGCUUCUCGCCUUGAAGGUGCGCUACCCUGACAGAAUUACACUGAUCCGGGGGAACCACGAGUCCCGGCAGAUCACGCAGGUGUACGGCUUUUACGACGAGUGCCUGAGGAAGUACGGCUCGGUGACGGUGUGGAGAUACUGCACCGAGAUCUUCGACUACCUGUCCCUCUCCGCCAUCAUCGAUGGGAAGAUCUUCUGCGUUCACGGCGGCCUGUCCCCCUCCAUCCAGACCCUGGACCAGAUCCGGACCAUCGACCGGAAGCAGGAGGUCCCGCACGACGGGCCCAUGUGUGACCUGCUGUGGUCGGACCCCGAGGACACCACGGGGUGGGGGGUGAGCCCCCGGGGCGCGGGGUACCUGUUUGGCAGCGACGUGGUGGCCCAGUUCAACGCGGCCAACGACAUCGACAUGAUCUGCCGGGCCCACCAGCUGGUCAUGGAAGGCUACAAGUGGCACUUCAACGAGACCGUGCUGACCGUGUGGUCGGCCCCGAACUACUGCUACAGGUGUGGAAACGUGGCGGCCAUCUUGGAGCUGGACGAACACCUCCAGAAAGAGUUCAUCAUAUUCGAAGCAGCCCCACAGGAAACGAGGGGCAUCCCCUCCAAAAAGCCAGUGGCUGACUACUUCCUGUGACACCCCCCUCCCCCCACACCGUCCCACCACUGUGUCUACUCAAACUGUACCGGACUGCACUCUGAUUGGUUACUCUGGAGACCAUCUUUUACACCCUACCACGUCCCCAUCAGCUAAAACAGGGAUGCCCUCUUCCUCUUCUCUUUUUCCUUUUUGUUUCUUUCUACAUAUCGUUCUUUCUCCUACUUUUUCUUUUCUCUUUCCUGCUGUUGUAAAGUCAUGCUGGCAGUAUGCCCCCUGUGUGUGUGUGUACUCCCUACCACUGGCAGUAUACCCCUGUGCGUGUGUACUCCCUACCGCUGGCAGUAUAAGCCUGUGUGUACUUCCUAUCGCUGGGCAGUAUUCCCCGUGUGUGUGUGUGUGUGUAGUCCCUGCGACUGGGCAGGAUAACCCUGGUGUGUGUGCGUGCGUGUGCGUGCAUAGUAGGCAGGAUAACCCUGGUGUGUGUGCGUGUAUGUACUCCCUGCAACUGGGCAGUAUAACCCUGUGUGUAUGUGCUCCCUACCGCUGAUUCUGUUAAAUAGAACCGGUCAUUUUGUAGGUUGAGCACAGGCUGUGGGGGUUUCAUGGAAUUAGGACCUGGGUCCACAUUUGAGCAACGUCCGAGUUGCGCCCUGGAAAGGAAGCCGUUUCUGUAUGCAUUAUGAAUUUUUCCCCAAACAGAACGUGCUUUUUCCAUGAUCUGUAUUUUUUAUAAAUCUGUGAAGGAAACUAUGGACAAUACUUUGUUUGGCGGGUUUCUGUUUCUGUCCUUUACGACUGUACUUGCCUGUUGCUCAACGUGUGUGUUAAUGGGGCUGAUCCGCUGCUCAACGUGUGUUAAUGGGGCUGAUCCUCUGCUCAACGUGUGUUAAUGGGGCUGAUCCGCUGCUCAACGUGUGUUAAUGGGGCUGAUCCGCUGCUCAACACGCACGUUAAUGGGGCUGAUCAGCUGCUCACGUGUGUUAAUGGGGCUGAUCCGCUGCUCAACCUGCGCGUUAAUGGGGCUGAUCCGCUGCUCAACGUGUGUGUUAAUGGGGCUGAUCCUCUGCUCAACGUGUGUUAAUGGGGCUGAUCCGCUGCUCAACGUGUGUUAAUGGGGCUGAUCCGCUGCUCAACACGCACGUUAAUGGGGCUGAUCAGCUGCUCACAUGUGUGUUAAUGGGGCUGAUCUGCUGCUCAACCUGCGCGUUAAUGGGGCUGAUCCGCUGCUCAACGUGUGUUAAUGGGGCUGAUCCGCUGCUCAACGUGUGUUAAUGGGGCUGAUCCGCUGCUCAACGUGUGUUAAUGGGGCUGAUCCGCUGCUCAACAUGUGUGUUAAUGGGGCUCAUCCGCUGCUCAACACGCACAUUAAUGGGGCUGAUCCGCUGCUCAACGUGUGCGUUAAUGGGGCUGAUCCACUGGUCAGCGCAUUCGUUAUGAGGACUGAUCCGCUGCUCAAUGCACGCGUGUUAAUCGGACUGAUCCGUGGCAGUGGAACUGCUGUAGAGCUGCAGAGUAUCGCUGUUCCGAGGACUGGAGUCCGUUGGGUACAGACCAAACUGAUCCUUUCUUUUAGUGCAGUCUGUCUGACCAAUCUCUCUGUAGGAUUUACUGUUGAAUUUUAUUACUGAUCUGUGAAAAUAAAACUUUUGUAUCAAGCCA